GACCGCUCCUGAGCAGCCGCUGCACGACAGGCGGCCACCAGGUUGCCCCUUUCUGCUCCAGGUGCCUCUCUCAGUCAGGUAGCCUUGGCCUCUUCUCUUACUACAGCCAGACAACAGGAGCAUUCGACAGCCUGACACACCUCACUCUGCUUUCUGCAGCUAGAAAGACUUGAGUUAGACAAGCAGAAGCACACGCCUCCUGCCUCAUGGCGACAGAAAACGGAGCAGUCGAGCUGGGAAUCCAGAGCCUGUCAACAGACGAGGCUUCUAAAGGUGCUGCAAGCGAAGAGUCCUUGGCUGCAGAGAAAGACCCUGCCCCCCCAGACCCAGAGAAGGGUCCUGGCCCCUCAGACACAAAGCAAGAUCCCGAUCCAUCCGCGCCGAAGAAAGAUGCCAACACCCCUGCCCCAGAGAAAGGGGAUGUUGUCCCAGCCCAACCCUCAGCCGGCGGCAGCCAGGGUCCUGCGGGAGAGGGUGGCCAGGUUGAGGCACCUGCGGAGGGCAGUGCUGGGAAGCCAGCAGCCCUGCCCCAGCAGACUGCGACGGCCGAGGCCAGCGAGAAGAAGCCAGAGGCCGAGAAAGGUCCCUCGGGACACCAGGACCCAGGAGAGCCCACGGUGGGCAAGAAGGUAGCAGAGGGCCAAGCAGCCGCCAGGAGAGGCUCACCCGCGUUUCUACACAGCCCCAGCUGCCCCGCCAUCAUUGCAAGCACCGAGAAGCUGCCGGCCCAGAAGCCCCUCAGUGAGGCAUCAGAGCUCAUCUUUGAAGGGGUGCCCGCGACCCCCGGCCCCACCGAGCCCGGACCAGCCAAGGCAGAAGGAGGGGUGGACUUGCUGGCAGAGAGCCAGAAGGAAGCAGGAGAGAAAGCCCCAGGCCAGGCUGACCAGGCUAAGGUGCAAGGGGACACCUCAAGGGGGAUCGAGUUCCAGGCUGUUCCCUCAGAGAGACCGAGACCGGAGGUGGGGCAGGCCCUCUGUCUCCCAGCCAGGGAGGAGGACUGUUUCCAGAUUUUAGAUGACUGCCCGCCACCCCCAGCCCCGUUUCCCCACCGCAUCGUGGAGCUGAGGACUGGGAAUGUCAGCAGUGAAUUCAGCAUGAACUCUAAGGAGGCGCUGGGAGGGGGAAAGUUUGGAGCAGUCUGCACCUGCACAGAGAAAUCCACAGGCCUCAAGCUGGCAGCCAAGGUCAUCAAGAAACAGACCCCCAAAGACAAGGAGAUGGUGAUGCUGGAGAUCGAGGUCAUGAACCAGCUUAACCACCGCAACCUGAUCCAGCUGUACGCAGCCAUUGAGACACCACACGAGAUCGUGCUGUUCAUGGAGUACAUCGAGGGCGGCGAGCUCUUCGAGAGGAUCGUGGACGAGGACUACCACCUGACCGAGGUGGACACCAUGGUGUUCGUCAGGCAGAUCUGCGACGGGAUCCUCUUCAUGCACAAGAUGCGGGUGCUGCACCUGGACCUCAAGCCAGAGAACAUCCUGUGUGUCAACACCACGGGCCAUUUGGUGAAGAUCAUUGACUUUGGCUUGGCACGGAGGUAUAACCCCAACGAGAAGCUCAAGGUGAAUUUUGGGACCCCAGAGUUCCUGUCACCUGAGGUGGUGAAUUACGACCAAAUCUCCGAUAAGACAGACAUGUGGAGCUUGGGGGUCAUCACCUACAUGCUGCUGAGCGGCCUCUCCCCUUUCCUGGGAGAUGACGACACCGAGACCCUAAACAACGUGCUCUCCGGCAACUGGUACUUCGACGAGGAGACCUUCGAGGCCGUAUCGGACGAGGCCAAAGACUUCGUCUCCAACCUCAUCGUCAAGGAGCAGGGGGCCCGGAUGAGCGCUGCCCAGUGCCUUGCCCACCCCUGGCUCAACAACCUGGCGGAGAAAGCCAAGCGCUGUAACCGACGUCUCAAAUCCCAGAUCUUGCUUAAGAAAUACCUCAUGAAGAGGCGCUGGAAGAAAAACUUCAUUGCCGUCAGCGCUGCCAACCGCUUCAAGAAGAUCAGCAGCUCCGGGGCACUGAUGGCUCUAGGGGUGUGAGCCCCGAGCAGCGGAGGCCUGGACGCAGCCGCUCCCCGCCGGGGCUGAGGCCACACAGCCCGGAAAGCCAGAGAAGGCGGGCCAGAGCCCCUGGGCGGGCCGGCCAGCACAAGGCUGCGCCAGGCUGGGAGGCUCGGGGCUCCCCAUGCCCCCAUGCAGCGAGCGCUUCCCCGACGUGAGCCGCCGCCUCGGAGUGUGGCCUGGAUGCAGCCUGCUAACAGCCUCCCCAGACAGAGCUCGGGCCCACCAGCCACGCCCCAGGCUCCAUGGGCCCGUCCCACCACUCCCCUUCCCUCCCUGGCUCCCCCGUCUUUGAAGUCUGCUCUGGGGGCCCCUGCUUUGCCCUGCCUGGGGCGUCCGCAGCCUGGGCUUGCUCCUGGCGAUGCUGGGCUGAGCUGGCCGGAGGUCCCAGCAUGUGUGGCUUCUGCGGGUGUGAACGGGAGGCUCCUGGCGGCCCAUUCCUAGGGCCCAGCUGCCAGGGGAGACAGAGCGGGCUUUGUGAAAGACCUCCGCGCCCUGCCGCCUCUUCUCCCAACAGAUAAGACCCAAUACGCACCAUCUGGCCCCCACCCGCCCUCCGUGCGACCACCAACACACAGGAACUCUGCACCAGAGGGAGGACGCCCAGCUCGGGCCUGGCCGAGGGGGAGGGGAGGAUCCUGGGGGACACCGGAGACCACCCCUGAGCUUGCCUGAGCGCCAAGGCGGGCCUGGCCCAACGCAGCCACUCCGGGCCUGUCCCAGGGGUCAACCAUGGCCUCCAGUGAUGGGGUCAGCAGGCCCAGGAGGAGCGGGAAGGCCAUUGGGCAGCCCCCGCCCUGCUCUCAGCUUGUGCCUUGUAAAUAAAUGUACAGGUUGGAUGUGGCC